AUGGCCACCUGCUUGAGGGCGACUCUUGUUGUCGCAGUGCAAACCAAGCCUGGGAAGCUGCCCCAACAUCCCGAUUGA